AUGGAUAAUGACGGCUACCCGGAUAGGGGAAUAUCGUGCUUAGAAUAUGGGUGUAAAAAGGAUAACUGUCCGACGGUCUCCAAUAGCAACCAGGAGGACACAGACGGAGAUAACAAGGGAGACAACUGUGAUACGGACGACGACAACGACGGCAGAUAUGACUGGAACGACAACUGUCAGUUCAAUUCAAACUGGGACCAGGUAGACAUAGACGGCGACGGUUACGGUGACGUCUGCGACGUCUGUCCAAAUGACGUCGACCCAGAUCAGUUGGACAGCGAUGGCGACGGCACGGGUGAUGUGUGCGACAAUGAUGACGAUAAUGAUGGUCUGAGUGACGGGGACGACAACUGUCCUGGAAAGCUUAACGCCGAACAAGAAGACGUUGAUGGAGACGGGAUAGGAGAUGUUUGUGACAACUGUAUAAACAUGUUCAACCCAUUCCAGAACGAUGCAAAUGAAAACGGUUAUGGUGAUCUCUGUGACACACUUUCCUUUGACAGAGAUGUUGAUAGUGUGCCCGAUGAUUAUGACAACUGUCCCACAUAUGCAAAUGGAGAGCAGUCCGACGUUGACGGCGAUGGAAAGGGAGAUGUAUGUGAUUAUGACGUAGACGAUGAUAGUAUAUGGAAUGACCUGGAUAAUUGUCCCUACGUAAGCAACGCAUUGCAAACAGAUCUGAAUGGGGACAGAGUCGGUGAUGUUUGCGAAAAGGACGCCGAUGGAGAUUCUAUACCCGAUAUCUACGACGCGUGCAUUCAUAUCAACAAAAUAGUUGCAACUAACUUUACAAAGCAUUUUGUGGUAGCACUUGAUCCCACUAUUAUGGACAAAAGCCCUGCAUGGAUGGUGAAAUCUAACGGUGCUGAAGUUCAACAAUUGGUUUCAACAAACAUUCCGUCUAUGCUCAUAGUUAGUCGAUUCUACCUCUGGGCCUGGUACGACGAUGACAGAGGCCCUUUGGCACAGCGCGGACACAAGCGACGAGGUCACUCUCCUGUGGCAGGAUCCAGACCUUCAGGGCUGGGAGCCAAAGCUGUCUUACCAAUGGUUUAUAACCCAUCAGCCGUCCACAGCAUACAUCAAGUGAGUAUAUCCGGCCGUCCAAAGGCUACAUCAAGUGAGUAUAGUCAACCGUCCACAGCAUACAUCAAGUGA